GUAGAAGAUGAAUACUUUAGAAGGAUUAGGAUAGUACUAUUAGUAGUAGCAAUAUUCACAGUACACUUUUAUCAGGUCGUUGUAUUUUUGUAUUACAAACCAGCCAAUGUAUGUGCAGUACUGUUAUUUCUAGUCCAGUUUUGGAGGUGUGUUCCUGGAGCAUCACUUUCUCUUCUGCCUUUGUUUAUGAUCUCCAGGUGUCGCUGUUUGUCCUCGGGCAUUCGCUGGCACACAAUCAUGUCUUUCCACUAAUAGCUGUAAUGCAUUUCCCCUCCUCCUCUCUUUACCUUAAACAAACCCCGAGUCUAAUCCUGGUCCAGGUUCUGGAGACAUUACCUCACAAGGUCACACAGUCCUCAGAGCUGCUGCUAAUGAUUAGGACUACAAUUGAAUUCAGAAUUUUCUAGAUCAAAAUUUGAAGGAUCCAUUUAACGAUUUUUUUAUGUUUAAAUGUGAUUCAACAAAAUAGAUUAUGCCCUUUUGUUGCCUUUUGACUUUUUUAAUUUAUCAUGAUGACCCGCUAACCCGGGUCACCUGUUCUCUCUCUCUCCCUCUCUCUGUCUCUGUCUCUCUCUCUCUCUGUCUCUUUCUCUUUCUCUUUCUUACGAACACACAAGCAGACACGCACGAUUGCGCGCGCGCGCUCACACACGUUCCCCUUUCUCUCUUUUGUCUGAGGCAUCUCUGCAGACAGCAGCGCCCAGGAGGAGGAGGCGGAGGAGGAGCGGGGAGUACCUGACACCUACAGCCGCGCGUCGCAGCUCUCUCGCCGGCAGAAACAAACUCGCAGCGGGCUUCCGGAAAAAACCUUCUCUCCCCGUAAACAACCACCACCACCACCUCCACCACAACCGUCUCCAGUUUACCGGAGCUCCGUGCAGUUCGAACCGGAGACGAUGCCUCAGUGGACAGAGUGAAAGAAAAAGUCCCAAACAUCCAGAAAGCAAUUCAAACACCAACCGCAGGGAUCCUCCGGUGGAGCCUGCCGCUGUCACAUCGCGUCUCCGGGAUUUUUCUUUCCAUCAUUCUUAUUUUUUUUUUGUCUGGGAGAAAACCGGAGUUGUGCUGAGAAGAUGCGCCUCCUGGUGCUGCUGCUGCUGUGUGUGUCUGCAGCACCGGGCCCGGUGGCCGGGGCGGACCGAAGCUGCAGCGACCUGCGGCAGUUCUACACCGGGAAAGGGUUCAUCCUGACCGGCGUACCUCAGAACGAAAUCUCCGGUGAACAUCUGAGGAUGUGUCCUCAGGGUCCGACCUGCUGUACCAGCACCAUGGAGGAGAACCUGUCCGUCCUGGCCACCAAAGAGACAGAAGGACUGAUCAGAGAGGCCGGCAGGUCGUUACAGGCUGCCUUCAACGCUCUCUACAGGAGCUUUGACACCUACUUCACCGACCUGCACAGCCACUCCGAGCGCUCCCUCCAGGAGAUCCUGUCUCCUCUCGGCCCGCUGUACUCCCAGAACACCCGUCUGUACACCGACCUCUACGUUGACCUGCGACAGUACUACAGAGGCUCCGCCCUAAACCUGGACGAGACCCUGUCCGAGUUCUGGUCCGGCCUAUUGGAGCGCACCUUCAAAUCCUCCGCCUCAGCGGAUGUCAGCCUAUCAGAGGAAUACCUGGAAUGUGUUGCUAAGCAGCAGGAGACACUGAGGCCGUUUGGAGACGUGCCUCGUGACAUGAAGACCAAGGUGAUCCGAGCCUUUGUCACGGCCCGGUCCUUUAUCCAGGGGUUGGUUAUCAGCGGGGAAGUGGUCAGGAAGGUGUCACAGGUGUCUCUGAGUCCAGAGUGUAUGAAGGCCCUGAUGAAGCUGGUUUACUGCCCCCACUGCCGAGGCCUGUCCUCCGUCAAACCCUGUACCAACUACUGCUCCAACGUCAUGAAGGGCUGCCUGGCCAACCAAGCCGACCUGGACCCCGAGUGGCAGAACCUCAUAGACACCAUGAUUCAGGUGGUGGCCAGUUUCAGCAUGGAGCCCAGUCUGGAUGUGGUCCUGUCCUCCAUCCCUGCCUGGAUCUAUGAGGCCAUUCACUACCAGCAGGAAAACAUGGAGUCUUUCACGGCAAAAGUGUAUCAGACCUGCGGACACCCAGGUGAACCAGGGACAGGAAGUCCAGUCCUGAAUGAACACAGGAGGAAGAGCAGCUCCCUGACAGCGUCCGACUACAAACCUUCACCCACUGCUGGACUCAGGCUGGAGAUGCAAGUGUCAGACCUUUCCAGUAAGCUGAGAGAAAUGAGACAGUACUGGAUCCAGCUCCCUCCAGGUCCUGUUGCACUGUGUAACAACAUGUCCGCAGGAAACAACAUCCAGGAUAAAUGUUGGAACGGCAUCACCAAAGCCAAGUACCUACCAGAAGUGAUGGGCAACGGUCUGGCCAGUCAGAUCAACAAUCCAGAGGUGGAGCUGGACAUCACCAAGCCAGACAUGACCAUCAGACAGCAGAUCAUGCAGCUGAAGAUCAUGAGCAACAGGCUGAAGAACGCCCUGGAGGGGAAUGACGUGGACUUCCAGGAUGCCAGUGAUGACAUCAGCGGCUCAGGGAGUGGGACGUGUGUGGGUGGACAGUGUCGUCGGAACCGACCGGGAUUGUACCCCUACCCACCGGAUAAUAACCCAGUCAGAGCAGCAUCUUCACCUCCGAUCCGGCUCUGCAGCCUCCUGCUCCUGUUCCCAUUGGUUCUCCUGCUGCGUCAGCGAUGAUGGACCACUGCUGCCCCCUGCUGUCAGACUCUCAAUCCUACAGCAGGGUUUAACUGUGGAACAAACUGAGAAAAUGUGGUUGGAAAAAUAUUCGCGAAGUUGAGAAGAACAUUUUCGAGCGGAGUAAAUGCUCAUGAUUUUCUUUUAACCAUGAGGAACAUUCACGGUGAUGAAUUUUUUUGUAUUCUGUUUUUUUUCUGCUCAGCUUCUUUUUUUUAUUUGAACGGAGAAUGGAUUGGUACCUUGAGCUGGUUUCAGUUGAUUUUUUGGGGAUGGAGAAAUUGUGUAAAAACAAAACAAAAACAGAAGAAAGAAGAGAAAAACAGACCCAGCGUUGAUGAAGAUGAUGAUGAGGACACUGUUGGUUCAUAUAUGGAUUUUCUUUCAGGUUUAUUUAGCUGCAGUUUCCGGCCUUUUUGAAAACAUGUUAAGUGCCCAGAUGUGUGGUGCGUUCAGCGACACCUUGUUUUUCUUCUGUUUUAUAACGUUCUGUAAGAUGUAAAUGUUUGUGUAGAUUCGCAAAAACAAACAAAACAAAAAAAGACUGGCUCCAUACUCGGCCAUGAAUGUACAGUAUAAAGUCAAACAGCAAAGAAUUCUCCCGAACCUGUGAUGUAGUUGUGUGUGUCGGCAUAAACGCAUUUGUUUGACGUUUUACAGAUAAAAGAAAACACGUCAAACUUUUGAGAUGUUGUCAUUACGUCACGUUCACUGUAGACCUUAGCAUUUCAAAAUAAAAGAAAACCACAGUCUUA